AUGAAUAAAGUCACCCACGGUUUGAUAUGCUCCUUUUUGUGGUAUUUAAUCGCAUUGGAGAGAACAAAAUUUAUGGGCAUACAUCAACCAAAAUGUGUUCUUAACUUUAUGCUUUUAUUGUCUCUAGUUGCUUCAAUUGGUUUAACAUUGGUUGGGAAUUUCCAACAAGUUAACGUUGAAUUAAUACAUGAUAUUGGUGCUGGGAUGGCUUUUUUCGGAACCACUAUUUAUAUCAUUUUGUGUGCCUUAGUUAGCAAGCGAUACCUUGGAACACAUUGGUGUAUAUGGGCUUUUAGACUUCUCUUAGGAAUUAUGGCAGGAAUAACAUCAAGUUUUUUUUCGAUAUGUCAUACAGUUUCCAGGAUAAAUUUCAACGGUACACAAGAAGAAUCUUUGACUUAUCGGCAUCCUGGUCAAGGUGGAUUUUCAUUUUAUCUAUGCAGUACAAGUUUUGAGUGGGCUGCAGGAUUUAUCAUCAUAGUGUUUUUUAUCACAUGGGCUUACGAAUUCAGAUCAUAUGCUUUACAAUUACCACAGAUUGUUAGAAAACACCCAUCUGAAUCUGAUAUCUACAGCCUCAAAAGUUGA